AUGGUGCUGUGGAAUGGCUCCUUCCCCUUCUAUCCUGGUGCCAAUGCAUGCUUCCCCUUCAACACCACCCAGGCCAUCACUGUCUCUGUCUUCCUCUCCAUGCUGGCCACUUGCAUCAUCAUCCUGCCAGGGAUCCGGGGCAGGGGGCGCCUCUUCUGGUUUCUGCAGGUGGUGAUAGGCCUCUUCGUGGGAACAGUGGUCCUCACCAUACAGUUCACCAGGGAUCGGGAGACUGGCUGGGUGACAGCAAACACCUCCUACAAGUCCUUCAGCCAUGCCCUGGUGAACACAGACAUCGGGCUGCACAUUGGCCUGACAGGGGUGAACAUCACACUGGUGGGAAACCCAGUGAAUCAGGUCAACAAGACCAUCAGCUACAACGAGCACUUUGCCUGGACCUUCAAUGCAGACUACGACCGCAGCUACAGUGAAGGGCUGGACAGGGGGCUGCCCAGCCCCAUCCUCUAUGUUGCGGAGAAGUUCACCGUGCAAAGCGCCUGUGGUGUGCACAAACAGUACCGCAUGUCCAGCCACUACGCAUCCCUCACACUGUGGAUGGCCUUUUGCACUUGGUUCAUUUCCAUCCUGUUGUUCUUCAUGACCAUCCUGUUCUAUGGUGUCUAUAUGCUCCUGCUCACUGCUGUGGUGAUGCUCUUCUCACUGCUUUUCUUCUUCAUGGCAAGGAACACCUCUAAGUGCCCCAUCCAGUUUGGCCCAGCUUCCUUGUAA